AACAGUCAAAUCUUUAUGUCAUGACCUCAUUUAAUCAUUUGUCAUUGUGAUUGAAUCAAAUAUUGUUAUAUGAAUGAUCGUCGCCAACACAAGUUUAGUUUAUUCACGGCUUUUUGACUAAGUGCAAAAAGUAUCAAACAUGGUUCUCACACUGUACAAAUAUGACCUGAGCCCUCCAGUCAGGUCUGUCCUGAUGGUGAUUGAACACUUAGAGCUGCCAGUAGAAUAUGUUGACGUGAACUUCAUGAAGGGAGAGCACCUUACAAAUGAGUUUAAGAAAAUCAAUCCACAACACACGGUGCCUACGUUGAAAGAUGACGACUUCAUCCUUGGAGACAGUCAUGCUAUUUCGGUAUAUUUAAUAAACAAAUACGCGAAGGAUGACUCUCUCUACCCCAGUGACCCUAAACUAAGAGCCAUUGUUGACCAACGUCUGCACUUUGACAGCGGUAUCUUGUUUCCAGCAAUCAAAAAUGGUUUCGCUCAAGUUGUCUUCAAGGGGGGUAAGAAAAUGACCGAUGAUGCCAUAGAAAAGAUUACAUCUGCGUACGAGUUCACAGACCAAUUUGCAACCAAAACCUGGUUGGCAGGAGAGCAGUUCACAAUUGCUGAUAUCUGCUGCGUGACAACAAUCAGUAGCUUGAACGAAAUAUAUCCUAUUGAUGCACAGAAGUAUCCUCACCUGUAUGCCUGGUUGAAACGUUGUUCAGAGUUGGAUCUUUACAAGAAAAAGAAUUAUCCCGGAAACAAAGAACUGGGAGAUGUUUUCAGAAGCAAAUUAGGAUAAGAAAUCUCAAUUUAAAUAUUUUUUAUAAAAUUUAUUAAACUGUUAAAAAAGUAAAGAUUUCAUAUUA